GGAGCCCGCAGGCGGUCGGCGUAACGCACUUCGCUAAUACUCUCCCGCGUUAUUGUUAAAUUAAAAUUAAUUAAGAAAAAGAAUAAAGUUACACCGUUGGAUUUUCGCGAACCCCGUAGGAGGCUAUUUUUAAUAUUUCUUUUAUUCCUCUCGAAGAAGGUAUAAAGGACGCAACAGUUCACAAUUCGAAGAAGGUAUAAAGGACGCAACAGUUCACAAUCCGUACACGGUUCCACUCCUCCAUCCCCGCUCCUCGAAUCGCCUCAUCUUCUUCCUCCUCACGCCAAGAAGAUGGAGAACGGAUCCGCCACGGCGGCGGCGGCGGCGGCCGAAGCGGCGGAGGUAGACGCCGUCGCUGGAGGAGAAGGAGAUCUCCUCCCGAUCCGGCGCCUCGAGAUCUCCGACCACGCGAAGGGCUUCGUGGAGCUCCUCGGCCAACUCAGCCCCUGCCCCGCCCUCUCCGCCGAUGAUUUCCGCGAUCGCUUCGGCGAGCUCGCGGCCCUCGGCGACGAUCACCUCGUCUGCGUCGCCGAAGACCCCCGAUCCGGGCGCAUCGUCGCCACGGGGAGCGUCUUCGUCGAGAGGAAGUUCCUGCGCGGGGGGGGCAAGGUCGGCCACGUCGAGGACGUCGUCGUCGACGCCGCCGCGCGCGGGCUCGGCCUCGGCCACCGCGUGCUCCGCUACCUCUCGGACUACGCGAAGGCCGCAGGAUGCUACAAGGUGAUCCUCGAUUGCACCCCCGAGCUCAAGGGCUUCUACGAGAAGUGCGGGUUCGAGGAGAGGAACAUCCAGAUGGCGCUCUACUUCUGACCCGUGCGCUUCCGCUAGGAUUCCGCAUUUUGGUUUUUCGGCCAAGACUUGUUUUGGCUGGGAAUUUUGGGGUUUUCAGUGUCGGGUAUUACAUCAGUCGACUCUGUUGAGAUUUAUAUUUUUCAGUUUUGUUAAAUCACAGCAGGAUAAAAGCUCUUUACCACUUAACAGUGGAAGGAAAUACCCUUCGGGCUAAAAAAAAAAUUCUUCCCUCUACUUUCUCUAUCUUCUUCUUCCUCUUCUUUAUUAUUAUUAUUAUAUUAUUUUUAAAUCCCUUCUCAGUCAUUGGCCAAGAAAGGGCCUUCUGAGUGCUUAUUACUUAUAAAAGUAUUAACCUGCUUUGACAUGGACAAACAAAUAGAGAGACUUGCGCUUUCAUGUUCUCGGACCUGCAUAACCAAAUGGUUUUGCAUUUGUAUUAUGAUGUAGGUGUGUUUUUUUGUAUUAUCAUUUUCUUUCAUUUUUCUGUUCUUUGCCCUUCAGUCCUUAUAUCAAAUGGUUCUGCUUUUGAAUGCCU